GCCAUAUAUCUGUUUUCUGCAUCCAGCUUUUUCCAGGAAGCGCUUUACUUCUUGCGGUGCCGUAUCUGUCCCUGGAGCCAGGCGCUGGCACAUUAUAUUUCUUUUAUGCCUGACAUAAAGUCUGGCUUUUGCUCGCUCCUGUCUCCCCUUCCAAAUGGGACGUCCCGCGGAAUGCCCCAUCUUCCAGGCACUUUGAGAGCCGGAGGCCUGGAGGGGCUUAGGGUAGUGAUUCUACAACGGUGACUAACAAGUGGCGGGUGGGGGCUUCAGGCCUCUCCCGCUGCCCUCUUGGUCGUGACCACACGCCACACCUCUUGCUGGUCUCGGCUGCGUGCGCACGGGCCCCAAAAGCGCCGGCGAAAUCGCUGCGCGCAAAGCGCACUUGGUACGGUCCACUCCGCCCUGCCCCGCGCCGCCGGAAGUGAGGUGUCUUACCCCCGAAGUUCCGGUUCGCAGGGGGUGGGGAGUGUUGUUAACCGGAGCGGCUGCUGCAGUCGCGGUGAUUGAGCGGGCUCGCGGCGCUGGGCUCCUGGUCUCUGGGCCAGGGCGAUGUUCCGCACCGCAGUGAUGAUGGCGGCCAGCCUGGCGCUGACCGGGGCAGUGGUAGCCCAUGCCUACUACCUCAAACACCAGUUCUACCCCACUGUGGUGUAUUUGACCAAGUCCAGCCCCAGCAUGGCAGUCCUGUACAUCCAGGCCUUUGUCCUCGUCUUCCUUUUGGGCAAGGUGAUGGGCAAAGUGUUCUUUGGGCAGCUGAGGGCCGCAGAGAUGGAGCACCUUCUGGAACGGUCCUGGUAUGCUGUCACGGAGACUUGCCUGGCCUUCACUGUUUUUCGAGAUGACUUCAGCCCCCGCUUUGUGGCGCUCUUCACUCUCCUCCUCUUCCUCAAAUGCUUCCAUUGGUUGGCUGAAGAUCGCGUGGACUUUAUGGAACGGAGCCCCAACAUCUCCUGGCUGUUUCACUGCCGCAUCGUCUCUCUUAUGUUCCUCCUGGGUAUCCUGGACUUUCUCUUCGUCAGCCACGCUUAUCACAGUAUCCUGACCCGUGGGGCUUCUGUGCAGCUGGUGUUUGGCUUUGAGUACGCCAUCCUGAUGACCAUGGUGCUCACCAUCUUCAUCAAGUAUGUGCUGCACUCCGUGGACCUCCAGAGCGAGAACCCCUGGGACAACAAGGCUGUGUACAUGCUGUACACGGAGCUGUUUACAGGCUUCAUCAAGGUCCUGCUGUACAUGGCCUUCAUGACCAUCAUGAUCAAAGUGCACACCUUCCCUCUCUUCGCCAUUCGGCCCAUGUACCUGGCCAUGAGGCAGUUCAAGAAAGCUGUGACAGAUGCCGUCAUGUCCCGCCGAGCCAUCCGCAACAUGAACACGCUCUACCCAGAUGCCACUCCCGAGGAGCUCCAGGCAAUGGAUAACGUCUGCAUCAUCUGCCGAGAAGAAAUGGUGACCGGUGCUAAGAGACUGCCCUGCAACCACAUCUUCCAUACCAGCUGCCUGCGCUCCUGGUUCCAGCGACAGCAGACUUGCCCUACGUGUCGUAUGGAUGUCCUGCGGGCAUCGUUGCCAGCCCAGUCACCGCCUCCCCCUGAGCCUGCUGACCAAGGACCACCCCCUGCCCCUCAUCCCCCGCCACUGCUGCCACAGCCCCCAAAUUUCCCCCAGGGCCUCCUGCCUCCUUUUCCUCCAGGCAUGUUCCCACUGUGGCCCCCAAUGGGCCCUUUUCCACCUGUCCCACCUCCACCAAGCUCAGGAGAAGCUGCCGCCCCUCCAUCCACCAGCGCAGCUGUUUCUCGGCCCAGUGGAGCAGCUGCCACCACCACAGCUGCUGGCACCAGUACCGCUGCCCCAGCAUCUGGCUCUGUACCUGGCCCAGAGGCUGGCCCUGCCCCUGGCUUUCCCUUCCCUCCUCCUUGGAUGGGUAUGCCUCUGCCACCACCUUUUGCCUUCCCGCCGAUGCCCGUACCUCCUGCGGGUUUUGCCGGCCUGACCCCAGAGGAGCUGCGGGCACUGGAGGGCCAUGAGCGGCAGCAUCUGGAGGCCCGACUGCAGAGCCUGCGCAACAUACACACGCUACUGGAUGCUGCCAUGCUGCAAAUUAACCAGUACCUCACUGUGCUGGCCUCCUUGGGGCCCCCCAGGCCAGCUACUUCAGUGAACCCCACGGAAGAGACUGCCUCUCCAGUGGUAUCUGCUGCCCCUUCCACCAGCGUCCCCAGCUCUGAGGCCCCUACCCCAUCCCCAGGGGCCUCCUCACCAGUCCCUGAAGUUGAAAAGCCUCCAGCUCCCGAGUCAGUCGGCAGCGCGGCAGAGGAGCUUCCUGAGGAUGGAGAGCCUGAUGCUGCAGAACUCCGCCGACGUCGCCUGCAAAAGCUGGAGUCCCCUGUUGCCCACUGACACUGCCCAGACCUGGCCCUGACCCUGCUCUCUCGAGUGGCCCUCACUGGAACACAUCCUGCCACCAAGUGCCAGCUCCCUCUCUGCCUGCACCAGGGAGUAAUAACCCCAGCUGAGAAAAGUGGCAGUAUCCCUGAGGCCAAGAAGUGGCUGAGUUCCCAG